AUGCAGGACAUUGAAGAGCUGACGUUGGGAUACACCCCAGUCGUCGUUGUCAAGUACCAAUCAACAUGUCAUUAUACUCGAAGUAUCGGUAGACGUGGCCGUAAGCCAAAGUCAGCAAAUCGAGUACAGCAGCCACAGCAGGACCGAGAGCCUGACUCAUCAGAAGCUGAUUGCGAUCUUGAGCAAAGCACACUGAAUUCACAGCCGGAGCAGAGCGGGACAUAUGACGUACAGGAAAGUCCCGGCCUCCCCGCAAAUCCCCAGGACACAGUCUCGUCGCAAUACUCGUCCAGCCACUCAUCACAUCAUGAUGCCGUAUCUCUUGACAUGCCAGCCGAUUCAAUUCCGGCACCGACCUUUGAUCAACUGUAUCAUGUAGCUGACAUUCAGCCUUCCUAUCCUCUCCCUGAUUUCGACCUCGCAGUCCAUCAUGGCGCCGCUUCUGUUCACGAGUCACCUACACGCGAGCGAGCCUCAACAAUCACCCAAGACUUGCCGUCUCGUGGAUGCCGUUACAAGUGUCUCGAACCAAUCAUUCCCUUACUCCACGGUAUCAUCGAUGCCAGGCUUGUCUGUGAACUGUUCGAGCUCUACUUUGUUGAGCCAGGAGGAUCUUUGUUCAAAUCUUCAUCUCCAUACGUUUUAGCACACGUCAUGCGAAAGGAAUCGCUCCUUCGAGACGAGAACCCACGAACAUGUACGCCAGCUUUAUUGGUAACCAUGCUGUGGGUCAGUGCACAGACAGCAGAGAGUUCCUUGUUCCUGCUGCCAGGCCAGAAGGCAAUCGUGUGUGAAGAGCUGAGAAAGUUGAUGAUGGGCCUAAUCCAGGGGAGAGAUCGCGACGUUUGGAACAGAACUACAAGCGGUCCCCUUGUGAGAGAUCUUGAGUAUGCCACGGCUGGUGAUCAAUAUCGCCAAGAGUACCAUAUUGGAUCAGCCUCUGCCGUCUCUCCACCAGUUCCUCUGGUUGAUGACGUCCUCAUGUUCAUCCUCGUCACUAUCGUCUCUUCUGGCGGCGACUUCAAGACAGAUUGCCUCCGGUGGUGGAAUAAAGCACUACGACUAUCUCAUAAUAUGGGCUUGAACAGGGAAGACUCGCCCGAGAACAGCUUCACACAGCCAGAAACAUCUCUUUGCACGAGUCAAACAACCUCGUGCGGCUGCAGGUCCUGUGAAGCAUCACGCACAGGAUUGACCAUACAAGAAGUCCGAGAAGAGCGUCGGAGAGCGUUUUGGUUGAUCUUUUGCCUCGAUCGCCACUUGGCUCUAUCAUUCAACGCACCACUGCGCAUCCUCGAUGACGAAUGCCAAUUGCAUGCACCGCUUUCAGAUGAGGCUUGGGCAGCAUUAUCGUCAGAACGAAACCCAAUUGAUACAACAUUUGGUAGCAGCUCACACUCGGCAAACUUCGGCGCUCCAACGCGUAUUUCUGGUAUCGGCUUCUUUGAAUACUUUCUACCACUUAUGACGAUCCUUGGAGAUGUUAUCCAACUGCACAGACAAAAGUCCCAUCCAAGAUUUGGCAACAUGCGAAGAAAUCAGGUCAAUGGGCAGGAGGAGGAAGAUGACCCGGCUACAGCAAUGAUAGAACAAGUCAUGGCGCAGUGUGCACAGAGCAUAGCCGAUCUGGCCAGCGCAUACCAAGUCGAUGCGCUUGACGCCUCAGCUAUACCAGCGAGUCAAGUGCGCACGCCUCAAUGCGCGAUAUCACCACAACAGAGUCACGGCGAUCCUCCCAGGACUUCACAUACCGCCAGUCACGCCUCAUCACACCGUCAACACGCGCAAGCUCAGCUUGUCACUGCAUACAGUACAUUCAUACUGCACGUUCUUCACGUCCUUCUCCAUGGAAAAUGGGAUGCUGUAUCAAUGCUGGAUAAUAAAGAUGGUUGGAUACCAUCUGUAGGCUUCAUGAAGUGUGCAUCUCAUGCUAUAGCUGCAUCUGACGCCAUGUCGCGAAUCCUGGCGUGCGACCCAGAGCUUUCAUUCAUGCCAUAUCUUUUUGGCAUUUAUCUUUUACACGGAAGCUUCAUAUUGUUGCUUUUUGCAGAUCGUAUGCCUCAGAUCGGGUUGAACGAGUCUGUCGAAAAAGCUUGUGAGAUUAUUAUACGAGCUCAUGAGGUUUGCGUUGUUACUUUGAGCACUGAGUUUCAGCGUGAGGAGUCCAGCGACAUCUAA